GUCACAUACGUGCGACUCCGUCGAACAACCUCAGUCGACUCCACUGAACUCUGCUCACCGGUUUCCCAUUUUGUGAUCGAAAUUAAGAAGAAUGGCCGCAAGGUUACUCAUCAGAUCGUCCAUUCGUGCUGUUCUGACUCGCCGGGCAGCGCCGGUGGCAGCUAUGUCUCGCGGAAUGGCGGCUGGAGGCAUUCCAACUGAUGAGGAACAAGCCACUGGGAUGGAAAAGACCGUUAUGCAUGCGUUGAGAAAGGGCGAUGACCCUUAUAGCAUGCUCAAACCCAAAGAUUACGCUGGGUCCAAGGAAGAUCCACACAUUGUACCCUCCAUCACCAACAAGAGGAUUGUGGGUUGUGUCUGCGAGGAAGACAACACCGUGGUGGUGUGGUUCUGGCUGCAUUCCGGGGAGCCCCAGAGAUGCCCCUCCUGCGGGGCCCAUUACAAACUGGUCCCCCACGAGCUGCCCCACUGAGCUGUUUACAGAGAAAGUUAUUUAUUUCAAACCAUUUAACCUCCUGUCUGUUGUUACAUGCACGUCAAAUGCAAGCGUUACACUCCUUGUGGUUCGGGACACAAGACUUCAAAAAUUCCAGUUCUCUGUUCAUCUGUACUGUUAUAAUUUGGGCCAAACCUCUUAAUAAAAUGUAUGGUACUCCUU